AUGCCGCCGCCGCUCAAGAAUCGCAGCCACGCUCCCGCGAAGGCCGGGCAGAGCCGGCCGCCGCCACGCCAGCCGGGGCGGCGGAUGGCUAGGCGCGACGGUGGGGAGCGAGCGGCCUUCUUCGCGCGGCGCGAGGCGGCCACGGUGCUCCGGCGCGUGCUACGCGGGGACGCCUCCAAGCGCUCCGGGGGAUCCAUCAAGUCCCUCGUCUUCUCCCCCUCCGUACGCAACAAGCGUGCCACCUUCGCCCUCGUCUGCCAGACCCUCAAGUAUCUUCCAAUUCUUAAGGAGGUUUUAGCAUCAAGUGGAGUAUUCAGCAGCAAAUGGAAGAAACAAGAGGAAUUAGUUUAUGUGACGGCCUACGACAUCCUCUUCGGUCAGGAAAUUGCAGUUUCUGGAUCUGUCGAGGAGUAUAUUAUGCUACAUAAAGAUACUUUUAGGACUGCUCUUCAGAAAAUAUGUGUUAAAAGGAAAGUCAGUAAUGUUGAGGACUUGUUAAGCGAGAAAACUACAGUCAAACCGAAGCCCAGGUUUGUUCGUGUAAACACACUCAAGACCACAACAGGAUCGGUUAUUGAAGUACUAAGUAAAAUGCACAAGGUUGAUAAAGAUGAUAUGGUUCCAGACAUGUUGGUGCUCCCUCCUGGAACUGAUAUGCAUAAACAUCCAUUGGUCACAGAUGGAAAGGUGUUUUUGCAGGGAAAAGCAAGUUGUAUGGUGGCAGCUGCAUUGAGUCCUAAGCCGGGUUGGAAGGUUAUUGAUGCAUGUGCGGCUCCAGGGAACAAAACAGUCCAUCUUGCUGCACUCAUGAAUGGAGAAGGGAGUAUUAUUGCUUGUGAACUUAACAAAGAGAGGGCCAAGACAUUGCAACAUACUGUCAGAAGAUCUGGAGCAAACAAUAUUGAAACAGUUAUUGGUGACUUUUUGAAUAUAGAUAGCAAUGAUCCGUCAUAUGCAGAGGUUCGUGCUAUUCUAUUAGACCCCUCUUGCUCUGGAUCUGGAAUCUCUACUGAGAGACUCGACCACUUGCUUCCUUCACAUUCUAUAGAUGAUCAGGAUGAUGGAGGUUCAAGCGCAAGGAUCCGGAAACUGUCCGCCUUUCAGCGGAAAGCUCUCUCACAUGCUCUAUCAUUUCCCUCUGUAGAGAGAUUGGUCUACAGCACCUGUUCAAUACACCAGGCAGAGAAUGAGGAUGUCGUCAGCUCUGUGCUACCUUUAGCCUCAUCACUCGGUUUCGAGCUCGCUACCCCAUUCCCUCAAUGGAGGCGCCGUGGCCUUCCGGUCUUCGACGGAGCCGAGCAUUUGCUUCGGACGGACCCCGAGGAUGAUCUGGAGGGAUUCUUCAUAGCGCUUUUUGUGAGGAAAGCAGCCGCCGCAGAUGCUUUGGAGCCUAGCGAAGACGGUCGCGCUUUGGGAAGGAAAAGGAAACGAGCUUGCACAACGCGAAGCGGAGGUCUCAGGGCGUUCAGCUCCUUGAGAUUGUCCAGGAUGGACGUGCUCUGCUCCAUCUGGGGUAUAUAG